AUGAAAAAAAGUUCCGUUUCGACACCAAAUUGGCUUGAACAAAUUGCCGAACAAAGUCAUAUAGAUUUUCAUGAUUAUGAUAAAUUUUCGGAAAUUGAACCUAUUGUCUCAGGACCUUUUGGGGAAAGUUUUCGUGCAGUUUGGAAAUCUCAUGGAAUGACCAUUAUGUUAAAAAGAUGGAAAGGAAAUCUUGGUACUGAUGAUAAAUCUGUUAUAGAUAAAUUUAUCAGUGAG